CACGACUGAAUUAUUAAUUAAUUCACUUUAUUUCUAAUCCACCAUAUAUAAACUGCCUUGACAUCUCUAUUUCAAUAUCAGAUUAAACAAUUGCAUCAUGUCGAAGCUCUUCCAGCCCCUCCGCGUGGGCAAUGUCCAGCUGCAGCAUCGCAUCGUCAUGGCUCCAUUGACCCGACUGCGAGCGGGCGAUGACCAUGUGCCGCCCUCCAUGUCGGUUGACUAUUAUACCCAGCGAGCCUCUGUUCCAGGCACAUUCAUCAUCGCCGAAGCAACCCUGAUCUCACCUGCUCAUGGCGGCCUCCCCAAUGGACCUGGUCUGUGGACAGAAGACCAGAUCAACGGGUGGAAGAAGAUCACCGACGCCGUCCACGAAAAGGGCUGUGGCAUUUUCUGUCAACUCGUCGCGCUUGGCCGUGCUGCUGAUCCAGGCACUUUGGCGAGAGAGGGUGGCUAUCCGGUUGUCUCGUCCAGCGCAGUGCCCAUGGCAGAGGGCAGCACUGUUCCGAAAGAGUUGAGCGAAGAGGAGAUCCAAUCGACCAUCGCCGACUUUGCCACCGCCGCCCAGAAUGCCAUCAAGGCUGGAUUCGAUGGCGUCGAAGUCCACGGUGCCAAUGGGUAUCUGGUCGACCAGUUCACGCAGGACAACUGCAACAAGCGCACAGAUCGCUGGGGAGGCAGCAUUGAGAACCGUGCUCGCUUUGGCAUUGAAGUCGCCAAGGCCAUUGUCAACGCCAUCGGAUCCGAUCGAGUGGGAUACAGAAUCAGUCCAUUCAGCGAAUUCCAGGCCAUGAGAAUGGCCGAGCCAAGGCCUCAGUUCUCCUAUUUGGUGGAUGAGCUGCGGAAGCUGAAACUCGCCUAUCUGCACGUCAUUGAGUCGAGAGUGCACAAUAUCGUCGAUGUGGAAAAGACGGAGGGCAUUGAAUUCGCACUGGAUAUCUGGGGCAACACAUCGCCGGUCUUUGUUGCUGGUGGAUUCUCACCGGAGACUGCGCACCGUGCUGUUGAUGAAGAAUAUCAUCAGAAUGAGGUGGCGGUGGUCUUUGGACGCCACUUCAUCGCCAAUCCCGACUUGCCGUUUAGGAUUCAGAAUGGGCUGCCGUUGACCAAGUAUGAUCGGUCGUCGUUUUACACGCCCAAGCAGGUGGCGGGAUAUGUGGACUAUCCAUUCAGUCCUGAGUUUGGAAAAUAGAUUAGAUGUAGAUACUGGUAUAGACAAAAUUGAAAGAUUAAGAUUACAUCUGAC